AUGAAAAACUUUCUUAUGACUGUGGAAAGCACGGGCGGCACGUGGAGUGUGUGGACACUUGUCCCAACACGUGUCAGAAUCGGCAUUAUUCUGGUCCACGAAAAUGUGUGGCAAAGUGUCAGAGCGGGUGUGACUUCCGGACGUCUGGAGAUUCUGGACGUGUAUCCACUCGGGUGUCAAGUUGUGCUCAAGGUAAAAGGCAUAUCGAUGUCUGUGUUAAGCUAUAGCGAGUCAAAUGACUCGUCGUUUCCGAGACUAAACACGUUUUGGUUUAAAUACACGGCGAAGACGUCUAUAGAUUUGGAAGAUUUGUCAAAAUCUAUGUAA